AUGUUUGAGUUUAUGGUUGAACGAUCCGACAAGAAAGAAUAUGUGGUGAGGUGUUCUAAUGAAGGAUGUACUUGGAUAUGCCGAUUGUCAAAAUGGGGUAAAACGAAUCUAUUCAAGAUUCGAAAGAUUGGUAGUCACACAUGUGCAUCAAAUGUGGUAUUGGGGUCACACAGACAAGUAUCAGCUGCAGUUGUGUCAUCUAGCAUCAAGUACAAGUACACAUCGGCUGGCACCAUAUACACACCAAAGGACAUAUGCAGUGAUAUGCUACAUACGUUUGGAGUAUAUUUGAAUUACUCGAAAGCUUGGAGGUCCCGUGAACAAACAUUGAAGAUGAUUAGGGGUGAUCCGACGGAAUCAUUCGAUAGGAUACCAAGCUUCUUCUACAUGAUUCGACAAAGAAAUCCUGGUACGGUCACAGAGUUGGAGGUCGAUAGUCACAAUAGGUUCAAGUACUGUUUUAUGGCACUCGGUGCAUCAAUACAGGGGUGGCAACAUUGUAGGCCCGUAAUUGUCGUUGACGAUACUUAUUUGAAUGGUCAUUACGGAGGUACUCUAUUCACAGCAUGUACACAGGAUGCAAAUAAUGGCAUAUUUGUUCUUGCCUUUGGAGUAGGGGAUAAUGAGAACGAUAAAUCGUGGAGAUGGUUUUUGGAGAAACUGAAGAAUGCAUAUGGGCACAGAAAAGGAUUGUGUUUUGUAUCGUACCGUCAUGGCAGUAUAAAGAAAGCAAUAAAACAGGUGUACCCGGAAAGUUGCCAUGGUAUCUGCUCGUACCAUUUGCUGCAGAAUCUCAAAUCAUAUUAUGGGAAAUCAGGGCAAAAUAUUACGCAGGCUUUCAAUUCGGCUGUCUGGGCUUACACAUUAGAAGAAUUUGAAUACAACAUGCAACAACUAGACGCAAUGAAUGAUAAGAUUCUUGAUUACCUGGAUGAAGUAGGCCCUGAAAAGUGGUCACGAAUACAUAUGCCGGCAAACAGAUACUCUACAAUGACAUCAAACAUUGUAGAAUCAGUAAAUGCGGUCACAAAGGCAGCUAAGAAUUACUCCAUUGUAUUCUUGCUGGAGUCAUUGUGA